AUGCGUGGAACUGCCGCGCGCCGCCCCGUCCCGUCGGUCGCCGCUGCCGCCCGACAGCCCGGCCGCCUCGCCUGCCGCGAUCCCCUCAUCAACCGCGCGCCGCCCCGUCCCGUCGCGCGCCGCUUCCAGCCGACAACCCUGCCGCCUCGCCUGCCGCGCCCGCCCGCCACCGCCUCGCUUGCCGCGCCCGCCUGCCGCCUCCCCGCCAGCAACACGCCACUGCUGUCGCGCCUCCUCGCCUCCCCACCGACACCCACCGACGCCCCCCCCGACCCGGGGCUAUAUAAACCGGCGCCCCGUCGCACGAAUCCCCUGUCCCACCAGCGCCCCACGAAUCCACCCCCCCGACGCCCCACGCAUCCCCCGUCCCCCGCCACCCCACCGAUGGCGUUCUACCGCGGCAGCACCAGCGCCGGCGCCGCCGCCGACGACGGCGGCGUCCCCGGCUCCUUUCCGACGAGCCUCGGCGUGCCGGAGACGGAGGAGCUCCACCGCUACUGCCUCCUCAAGAUCGACGCGGACGGCUACCCGACGCCGGGGCCCGGCGCGACGGAGGAGGAGCUGCGGAGCCACAGCGGCGGCCGGCACAACACCCUCGGCCGCCACAACUUCUGGCGUGGCAAGGACUAUUGGGAGGUCAUCACCGCGUUCCGCCUUGCGGCGGCCGGCGUGACCCCUGAUCUGACGGGCGGCAGCGGCCGUCUUCGCGCCCCGCCUCCGCCGCGGGAUCGUCGCGGACGUGCCGACCACCGCGGGGCGUACCCGGCAGCGGCGCCCGUGCCGACCGCCCCUCCCUCGCCGCCGGAGUUGGAGUUGCCGCCGGAGCAGGUCAUCCUCCGCGAGGACGGCGAUCCGGAUGACACGCCGGGGUACCACGUGGCCCUACGGGCGUCGGAGGCGGCAUCGGCGGCUUCCGCAAGAGAGGCCACCGAGGUUGCGGCCGCAAUUGAAGCGGCCGAGGCGAUGGCCGCUGAGCAGGUGGCGAUGGCGCCGGCGGAGUGGCAGCAGCCGCCGCCGGAGUGGCAGCAGGAGUGGCAGCCGCCGCCGCCGGAGUGGCAGCAGCAGCCGGCGGAGGUGGAGGACGACGACCCGGUCGACUGGGACGACCUCGCGAACCGGUCCAGCAGCGACGGCCCGGUCGUGGUGGACCUCGGUGAUAGCGACGAGGAGUAG